UGAUACUGUUGGGGGUCGCCGCAUGGUUGGAAAUAGUAGAAAGGGGUCGCUAAGCUAAAAAGGUUGAGAACCGCUGCUUUGCUUAAACAAAAACAAUUAAAGCGUUGAGAGAUCUAUGCAUCAUUGCGAUAGAAAAUAUUUCUGGCUAAAGCCCUGCUUAGCUUAUAGAUCAUGGGCACAUUUAGCUUAGACUGUGCAGCUGAUGUAAUAUUAAUCUUUCCGAUAAAGACCUGCUUACUAAAUGGAGUUAUCUCAUCCUGACUCCAUGUCAAAUCCAAAUCAAGUUGUGAAAACAGGCAUUUUAAAAUAUAGGUUUCAUUGUUAGUCCUGGCUCUAAUUUUAUGUCAACUAUAUCUAGAUACUAUUUUUUAAAGCUGUUUGGUUCUGAAGCCCUAGAUCUUGAACGAAGAGAAAGCGGUUCAAGGUUGUAAGAGCGGUAACUCUAUAGAUACAAUUUUAUAUUCAAGAUUUGAAUAGUGAGAUCAUAGUCUGCGCCAACACAUUGACGCUGUGUUCUAAUCAAAUCUACUGCAUCGCCUUGUUAUUGUUUACGACACAUUAUUGGUUGCGAUGGGAACUUUACAACAAUCAAAGAUAAUUACUUUACAGCUGGAAAAUCUAGAAAACGUCAGAAAGAAAUUAGAGGUUCUUCAAGAUUCCAUUAAAAAUGUUGUCCACAAUGCACAGUCAUGGUUGGAAGAACCAGACGAAUGUCAAACCUUAACAUUGUCACAAAUGAAUCACUACUUGGGAGAUGAAAGUUCUCGUUGUCUGCAGGCAUGUGUGGAUAUAGCAAAUGAGAGCAGUGAACUGAGUCACAGUAUUAUAUCAGAUGAAGCUGUUAGUUUAAGACUAGGAAGUUCCUUAACGUCCGAAAUCUCACCUUUAAAAGUUCCUGAUAAAACGGAACAAUCAUUCUCGACCAACGAACCAGCAAGUGACAAGUGUAAUUCAACAGUAGAUGAAAAAUAUGAAGCUUUAACAAGGUUAACAGAAUCACUUGCAAAGAACAUCAAAAUUUUGCAAAAGAAAAGUAAAAAUCAGGACAAACUAAUACAAGAAAUGGUUCAAAAGCAGACAACCGCUGAAGUCAAGACAAAUUCGAGAUUAGAAUCAUUUCUGACUGAGCUAUAUGAAGCUAGUGAAUUUAUAAAGUUUAGUACUGAUUAUUUAUCAGAGAAAAUAAACGAAUCAAAAGAGAGCAUCGAAACUAUUGUGAACAAACAAGAAGAGCUUGAGAAAAAUUAUAAAUUACAAAUUGAUAUUCUAACAAAACAAAUACAGGAACUUAAUGACCGUCUAUCUAGAUCUAGAUCUAAAAUUAUAUUUGAUCCAGUGGAUGAAAAUCUGAGCUUUGUCAAACUGUCUGACAAAGUAAUUAAAGAAGAAACAGUUGUUAUUAAAGAGGAAGUACAAAAUGUUCCUAACAAAACAGCAGACGACAUUAAAAUAAAAUUAGGUCAAGAUACUGAGAAUGCUUCAUCACUAAAAUUGGAGAAUCAAUUUUUACGAACCAAAACAAUUGAAUUAGAGCAAGCUGUCCAUAAUUUGUCAACAUGCACAGAACAGCUAAAGAAAGACAUCGUUGAUACGUCAAGAAAUUUAUCUCACACAAAAGUUGUCAAUGAUUCUAGCAUGCAGGGAAUACGAAAGGCUGUUACAAAUAUGUAUAGACAAGUUGCUCGAUGUUCAAAAUUUGUAGACUUCAUGGAAACCGUAUUGAAUGCCCCAGAGUCUAGCCCAGAGACUACCAACAUGCCUGAAGGUUUUUGUUUAGCAAUUAAGGCAGUCCUUGUUACCAAUGUCAAGAAAGAUGAGGUCUUCAAAAUGUUCAAUCAUCCCAUUAACUUGGCCUCGUUACCGCGACACUACAACCUUCAGACAGGUAUCUACACGGCCCCAAGCGAGGGCGUCUAUCUCUUCAGCCUGACGGUGGAGAACUUAAUGGACAUGGAGAUUCAGCUCGCUGUGAUCUCCAAGUGCCAAGGCAGCCAUGAAAGCCUUCACUCCGUCACUCGGUGUUGCUACAAAGAUUUGACCGCGUGCUCUGUUUUUCCGCUACUGUUGAGGAAAGAUGAACAAGUGUAUGUCAAACCAGUGGAAAACUAUCCCAUAGUGAAGCUGGGUACCAACUCAACAUUCUCAUGCAUACGUAUUUAAAACCCAAUUGCUUCUAUUGCAGUACAGUAUAGAUUAUUUAUUAAUGUUUUUAAGAAUUUUGAAAUGAAUAGGCCCGUAGACCACCCGGGAAAAUGAGUCUUUUUGAAGCUUAUUUAUAUUUUAAUGGUAUUAAAAGUUUAUAUAUUUUUAAAACUAUACAUAUCGUGUUUUUUUUUUAAUUUAUUUAUUAGUGUAAGGUCUAAUAUUUUUUAAUAUUUUGUUUUCAAAAUGUUUAAUUUAAAUAUUUUUUUUUAUUCGGGGAUAUCCCUCUUUGAUUAAGGUAUGGGGAGAAUUUUUCAAACCGUAAAUAGGAGCUUUGGGGUUAAAAUCUGUCGAAAACUACAGUCUUCUUUCGUUAAAUGGGCCGCUUGGAAUCAGAGGCGUAAGUGUGGAGGGGAGGAGGAGCCAGAGGGGGGGGGUGCAUCAUGACCCUGUCGCCACACGCCGAGGAGCAAAAAAAAAGGGUUUUGAAAACUAAUACGAUUUGUAAACAUAUUCUUUUUCUAACAAAAUCGAGUUUUGGAAAAUAUAAUUUCAUUGAAUAAACAUUUUCACGUGA